GUUUUAGCUUCUUCCCAUUCCAUUCGAGAGCGAGUGGGCCAGGCCCGUCCAACCGAAGACCAUUUCAAGCUCGUUAGCUCGGCAGGCCGGAUGACAUAGCACGGUGUGCACGUUCAAGUCACGUCAGCUCUUAGCUAGGAGACACACACCGCUCGGGGCCAGCGAGGCCUUCCGCAUGGCGCGGUUUCACCCUUGUCUUCAAGCGCUAGUGGCGGUGCUGGCCGCGCUCUAUGCGGCAGCCCUCCCGCACGCGAGCGGGCAGUGGGAGGGCGAGGCCGCCGGCCGGCUCGGCCCUUCCGGUGGCGCCGGCGCCGGCAACCGGGAGGCUCGGCUGCGCAAGCUGCGUGAGGAUGAGGAUUUGCCCCUGGUGUGGCUGGAUAUUGCCAUCAACGGCACAAAGAUAGGCCGGGUGGAGGCAGUGCUGUAUGCGCGCAAGUCGCCGCGAGCCGCUGAGAACUUCAGACUGCUGUGCAGUGGGGAGCUGGGGCAGGAUGCCGAGGGCAAGGUGCUCCACUUCAAAGGGAGCUGGUUCUACAGAAUCAUCCAUGACUUCAUCGACCAGACGGGCGCCGACGCCGACGGGAUAUUCGGCGGCCACUUCCACUGCGACCCCGGCGGCCUGGCACUCAAGCACACGCACAAGGGCCUGCUGUCCAUGGCACACAUCGGGCCCAACACCAACGGCGGCCACUUCAGCAUCAUGAUGAACAGCGCCCACCACCUGGACGGCCAACAUGUGGUGUUCGGCGAGGUGGUGGAGGGGCUGCAGGUCAUCCAGGCCGUUAACGACCUGGCCAAAGGCCGCCCCAACAACGAGCUGUGCUGCAACACACGGAUGGCGCAGAUUGUGGAUGCGGGCCAGACGCGGCCCGGCACCUACGUGUCCACUCCACAGUAUCAGGCAGUGAUUGCGGCGGAGCGCCGCCGGGUCGCGUGGCGCAACAAGCAGCCCCCGGCCGAAAUUGAGCGGCUGAGGAAGUUGUUUCUGGACGAAUCGCUGCCACUCGUGUACCUGGACAUCGCCAUCAACGGCACCUACAUCGGCCGCAUGGAGUUCGUGUUGUUCGCCAAGGACUCCCCGCUGGCCUCUGAGAACUUCCGGCUGCUGUGCACGGGCGAGGCCGGCAGCGACCCCGCUGGCAAGCCCUACCACUUCAAGGGCAUCACGUUCUACCGCAUCAUCCAGGACUUCAUCGACCAGGCUGGUGCCUGGGUGGAGUCGCCGCUGGGGGGCCAGUUCCUGGACGACGCCGGAGGGCUGAGGCUGCUGCACGACCGCAUGGGCCUGCUGUCUAUCGCCAACAUGGGACCCAACACCAACGGCGCCCACUUUUCUAUCAUGAUGAGUCCCCAGCCACACCUCAACGGCAAACACACCGUGUUCGGCGAGAUGGUGGACGGGCACGACGUGGCGUUCGCGGUGAAUGCGCUGGCGCACGGGCGGCCCAAGAAGGAGCUGGUGCACUCCAAAGACGUGGUGGUGGUUGACAGCGGCGAGAUACGGCGCGGCAGCCACUGCUCCAGUCCCGAGUUCCAGUCAGCCAUACAGAACGAGCGGCAGCGGAUACAGGCGGCGGCGGCGACGGCGGCAGCGGCAGCAGGCAAGGAGAAAGGGAAGCAAUGAUGCAGUAGGCAAGGAGGAAGCUGGAGGAAGGGAAGCGGUUAUUGUCGUCCGGGACGUCACAGAGCGACCCGGCCUGGAGAGUGUUUGCUGCAAGUAUGUGGCCGGGCCGGGUACCCCAGGUACCCCCCACGGGUACCCCCACUGGCUACGUGUUAUAUUAGCCCAGUGAAUAGCAAUUGGCCUGAUGCGCCAACACGACGAUGAGGAUUGUAAGGGGACGCUCCCGGCACGUCGUGUUAGGGUUAUGCCAGGCGAGGCAAUGCCAUAGGCCUGUCGAAGCGUCGAUGCAGACAUGAUGGACGUCGGAAAGAAAGUUUCAACUGUAUCCCGUAUGGCCUCCAAUCAACCUGGUCCUUGGCGCUAUGCUGGUGAAUCGAAUGGAACGAAGCAUGUGUGAAUGCCACCGGUGCCGUUGUGAGGUGUUCAUCAGUCCAUCUGACUAAGGAGCACCGCAAACCGGCUUCGGCAGGCUGAAAGAUGCAGAGAACCUGCUAAGCCGAUCAAGAAGUAUUGAAAGCGAAGUAGUUGAAGCUCGACAAACUGGCGGGCGAUUGCUAGUGGCGCACCGCGGCGGAAGGUCAGGGACACGCUACUGGCUUCUUGAUGGCCGUGCCGGCCGUUGCCAUAACCGCACAGCCAGGGCUGCACAGACUGCUCAUUUUCAGAGGAUACACAACAUU